AUGGCGGGGGAGGGGGCGAACGAGCGCCGGGGACUCGCGGACGCCCUUCUGAGGGCGGGAUGCGGGCUGGAGCCGGCGCUGCGGCUCAUCUCGGACCCCGUGGUCGACCUGGAGCCGGCCAUCGCCAGGGCGCUGGUGAUGGCUUCCAACCGGUGCGAGGGCGAGGGUGCGGAUCCGAGGGAGGGAACAGACGCCGGGCUGGCCGAUCAGCCGGUGUGGCGGCCCGCCCAGUUCGCGGACGCGAUCAAGAGUGAGCGCCCGCGGCUUGAUUGGGGCAGGGUGGCAGCCAGCCUGGACAUCGAUGGCUUCGAGGGCCUGGGGCAGGGCGCGUUCGCGGGCCUGAUGGAGGCCUUCCGGCGCGCCUGUCCCGGGGGGUUCCCCCUGGAGGCGGUGCUGGGGCUGGUGUGGAGGCACCCGAAGGCGCAGCUGGCGUUCCUGCGCCACGCCGUGGCCGCCCCGUCCGAGCUGUUCGAGUUCCGGCCCGACCAGGGCGUGUUCCCAGUCGGCGUCCUAGAGGCCCGGCGGGCGGCCGCCGGGGGCGGUAGUUGCGCCUGGGUGAGCCUAGACCUGCUGGAGACUCUGUACAUGCUGGCCAAGGGGGGCCACGAGCUCGAGGUGCGGCAAAUACUUGACUAUUUGGUCAGGCACUGCAAGGAGGUGCUGCUGGUGGCCCUGGACAGGAUGGGCGUGCCAGAGUGCGCCAUCUUCCAGGAGGCCUACCGCAACCUGAUCGAGCACUUCCUCAGGCAGACAGAGUGCCCCUCGGACUGCAACCCUGAGGAGGUGUGCUCCACGGUGCGGGACAUGAUUUUGGAGUGCGCAACGGGGGUCCAGGAGGCAUCGACCGGCCUUGGGGAGGCCCCCCAGGCGCCCAAUUGUGGAGUUGUGGGCCCUGCAGGUGGGUGCUUAAACGAGGCAUCGAUGCCAGAUGCUCCCUGCCAGUCCACCGACUCCGCUCGGAGCUCCAUCGUCACCUGCUCGUCCAUGCAGGGCAUGUCGAUGGAAACAUCGCUGACAGAGUUGUCAGAGAUGUGGACUGGGUUGGAGCGCAGCGCCAGCAGCGCUAGCAGCACCAUGGGUAGCAGUGACAUGGAUGACAACAAACGUGUGAAGGCUGCAGUGGAAACUGGGGACGACGGUCAGGAUGGGAGUGAGUUGGGAGAUGAUUUUGAACUCAACGUUGCCAUUCCUCCAUGCCUGAACCUUGGGCAUGCUGAGCUCAAGAAGGGGAAGAGCAGACGUGUGGGAACCGGUCGUGCUCGUGGGGCUGGUGCUGGUGGGCUUGGGAGUGUUGCACUGUCAAGCGACCGCUGCCUUAUGAACAAGACGUUGAGAGAAGCAUGCUUGCCCCCCAAUGUGUUGCCACCACAGCACAUCCAAACCCUCCUUGCCAACAUCUUGGAUGACAUCUGUGGAUGUGUAUCCCUGGCAGACAGGAUUCGCAGGGACGUCAAUGGAGAGGACAUGGCAUGGCUGGCAGACUCCCUCCUGGCCAAGUGCAUUGUUCGUUCGGAGCAUCCACACUCUGGCUGCCUGGCCCUGGUCAAUGCUCUUCCGCAGAUGAGGGAGUGUGUGUUGGUAUCAGUUUAUCACUAUAUUUAUGCUUUUCUGCAUUCCAGCACAUUGGCUUCAGACAGUGGCGACCGACAUUUGCUUCGGCGCCUAGGCUCAUGGCUGGGGCAUUUGACACUUGCGAGGAACACGCCCAUAAGGCUGAGGGACCUUGACUUGAAGGCAGUGUUGGAUGAGGCAUGGAGGGAGGACACGCUCCCAAUAGUCCUGCCAUUCCUUCUGGCCGUUCUGAUACCUGCGACGGGGUCCCUGAUCUUUACCGCUGAGAAUCCCUGGAUAGGAGCUGUUCUGGUCGAGCUGGCAGAGGUGCACACGAAUGGCCAUCCAUGCGUGAGACCAGACAUUGAGCGCAUCAUGGACAUUUUUGAUGCGGACUUGCAAAGCUUUGUGCGACGUCAUUCCAGCUAUCAGGGCCAUGUGAGAGGUGCUCCAGUUACUGGCAGCAGCUUUCACCAAAGCCCGUCAUGGUUGGUUUACCAGACCGCUGCCCUACAGCCUACGUACAGUGUUGCGCAGCACCAGGCCAUACAAGUUCAUGGGGUCCAGGGCAGUUCACUUUCAGGACUGAGCACAAGGGCUAGCGUGCCCUCAUCAUCAGUUCUACGGUCAACUUGGGCUCACCAUCGAUGGGGAGAGGCGUCUUCGCAGAACUUGGUGACCAGAGGCAAGCCUGCUUGGCAUCAAACUGGCCUGAAUGUUGACAUGACUGGUGGUUUCUACACGGACAAAUGGCUUCGCCCUGAAUCAGUCCAUGGUUUUCGUGUGACUGAGAAGCCCCGGCCUGGCUUGCACAACAGCAACGGGAACCCUGAUUGGGGAGGCGUAUGUGGAGCAAAGAAAAUUUGUGGCUGCAGGGCCCCUGGUGCAGGCCAACAGAUUGGCAAGUACUGGAAUGGCCUAGGAUGCAGGAGCAACUCUGGGCCCACCAACUGCCUGGAUCUGGAUCGGCGGCUGGCAGCGGUCCGUAGCAGGGGAGGUGUGGCAGGGCCAUCGAACUUGGUGGCAAAUGCUGUUGGUCCAGAGUCUGGUGAAUGCAUGGCUGGCUGUAAGGCUGUUGAUAAUUCCUGGGAGGGUGAGGUUGGACCUAAGCACCAGCCAAAAGAGGACGACUGGAGCGAUGUGCAUAAAGCGCGAGAGAGGGGCAGUGAUGCCUCCAGCAGUUCAGACUUUGAGGACGCCGACCUGGCAGUCGACGCGCAGGACUGCAGCGAUAUGCAGACCACCAGCAAGUGCAGAAAAGGGCACAGUGGUGGCAAGAGCAGAGGUAAUAAUGUUGCUGGCAUGGGUGGUCACCUGACUUCAGUCCAGUGGCACCAAUCCGCACAUUGCAGGUGCUGGAAGCAGGGAGGCGGGCAAAAGACCAAAUGUCGUUGCCGGGGGCAGGUGUGCAUUCCUCAGGCAACGCACAAGAACAAGUCUCAGGACAAUGCAGGGUGCUUCAAUCGGGUGGGAAUGAGGCCAGUGGUCACAGUCCCCCGCAAAAGCUCCAAGUCAAGAGGCCGCAGGAUUGAAGACAAGGGAUGCUGGUCUGGGAGCCGCCAGGUCACAGGUGGCUGGAAAUCUGGCGCUCCGGGUGGGAGGGUGGUCAGCCUGAGACAAGGGGCGUUCGGUGUGCCUGAGGCUGGCGUUUCAUCGGAGGCUGCUCACAAGACACUUGGUUCUGAGCCAGUGCACAGAUCCAGAAACUUGCCCAGUGGCCCUAUGGACGGUGGCCGAGGUAACGUGCGCAACAGCGACCUGGGCGGUCAUGGGAGGGGAAAUCAAGAAAAGGGCGCGCAUGGCACCCUCUUGAGCCCAGGCAGGAUACACCGCGUUGAAGUUGCCAACCGAAAAUUGCAGGGCAGCGUCCCAGCGAAGCCAACCAGACGAAAUGGUGAUGGCAAGGUGCUCAGCAAGCACCUCAGUGAGCCAGCUGCGAAUGGAAGGCCGAGGACUUGCACACCAGCAGCAACAGCAAAGAGCGCUGAUGCCGUGGCUGACAAGAGGCGCCACAAGAAAAGAAACAAGAAGACGGCUGGUGGCGGACGCCAGCGGCACCAGCGAGCACCCAAGGUGGACACGCAUGUGAUUUCGACGUGA